AGUAAUCAUUACAUAGAGCAAAUAGAGAGAGAGAGAAUAGACAAAGCCAAAGGGCAGUUUCUCUGAUUAAUCUUAUAAAAGGACCAUGUCUCUGUGUCCAGUCUGCUCUUCUCUGUCUGCUCUUCAACCAGGAGAAGUUCACAGUGAUGAUGCGUGCAGUCGUGGGUCUCUGGGUCCUAUCAGCGGUGAUCUGCGUGGGCAGAGGCCAUCACCAUGCCGAUCACCAUUUGGGUCACGGCAACGACAAGACCGUCCAAGACACCGUAGUGGUCGUCGGCGCCAACGUCGUCUCCCUGGUGCACGAAGCCAACAGAGAGUUUUCCUUCCGACUGUACAGGCAGCUAGCAGCUCACGCUGACUCACAGGGAAAGAACAUCUUCUUCUCCCCGGUCAGCGUGUCGGCCGCCUUGGCCGCGUUGUCCGUGGGAGCGCAGGGGGACACGCACAGUCAGCUUUUCAUUGGUCUGGGCUUCAACAGCUCCCUCCUGACGCAGACAGAUGUGGACCGGGCCUUCCAGAUGUUCCUCCAGAGACCCAACAACACAUCUCAGGAGGACGCCAGCGAAGGGACCGCCGUGUUCGUGGACGACCGCUUCAAGCCGAAGCCGGAGUUCCUACAGACCCUGAAGCAGUCGUACUUCGCAGAUGGCUUCAGUGUGGACUUCACCAAAGCCAGAGAAAGUGCUGAUAGCAUCAAUAAGUACGUGGAGGAGAAGACCAACGGGAAGAUUGACAAGCUGGUAGAAAGCCUGGCUCCGUCUACAGUCAUGUAUCUGCUCAGCUACAUCUACUACAAAGGAAAGUGGGCGACUCCGUUUGACCCUGAACUCACCAAGCAGGACGACUUCAACGUGGACGACAACACCAAGGUUCCAGCUGUCAUGAUGAAUAUGAAGGAUCAUUUCCACGUCCAUCAGGACGGCGAGCUGAAGACGACGGUCCUCCAGCUCGCCUUCAACAGCUCCUACUCCAUGCUGCUGAUGUUACCUGACUUCAUGGCAACGCUGGAGAACGCCAUCUGCCCGCACCGCGUCACCAGAUGGUUGAAGGCUACGAGACCCAGGAAAUAUGAUGUAUAUAUUCCAAAGUUCUCCAUCAAGACUUCCUACAACCUGAACGAUGUGCUGUCACAAAUGGGAAUGACGGACAUGUUUGGUGGUCGUGCAAAUUUGAGAGGGAUUUCAGAGGAGCAAAGUCUGCUAGUCUCAGAUGUCGUGCACAAAGCUACGCUGGACGUGGACGAGGCCGGAGCCGAGGCUUCAGCGGCCACGGGCGUCCUCAUCGGACUGACUGGCGUCCUGAACCCGGUCCCCGUCCCUGUGUUGAAGUUCAACCGUCCAUUCAUGGUCAUCAUCACUGAACGUACCACGGAGAAAAUCCUCUUCCUGGGCAAGAUUAUCAACCCAACCAUCUGAUGGAUCAUCUCUUUGUGUCUGCUCCAGCAGCUGCUGCAUCUCAAAUAAAGAGUCAGAAAAA